AACAGGCUGCACUAUAAAAUGAACUUUUUAUAUGUAGAUGUAAAUAAGUUUAGUUGCUAUGUUAAUGAAGUACUAAAUAUUUAAAAUAUCCCACCGGCAGCUGCUGCUUAGUUAUGGAAACCCAUUUUAUGAAGUUUCAGACACAGUUUUCACUGAUGUUGCAACCAGAAGCCGUUUGGAGCAGUAUAGAGAGUGAUGCAACACAGAACAGGCCAUCUUAGGCACUCUGUGGCCGUGCUCUGAGUUCGUGUGGUCUACCGCAUUUUGGUUGUGCUGCUAACGCUCUCAGGCGCUUUCAAUUUCACAGUAAUAGCACAUGCAGAUAUUUUACAAAUGCCUUGUGGCAAAGGUGGUAUCCUAUUUUACUGCCACGUUCAGGGUCACACAGCUCUUUGGCAUGAUUAGUACUCCUGUGUUUCUGGACCGCAUAGCGAUGUGCUUGCUUUAGUGCACCGGUUUGCAAUGGGUGUUGAUGGUAAACAGUAAAUGAUCAGUAAACAGGAUGGGCGUGCAGAAAUAUGGCCAUAAAGUGCAUACUGUAAGCAUCCUACAAUAGGGUGUCAUAAGUGGCAGCUCCAUGAAAUGCAUAAAUGUAUUAUUCUUGAAUAUGCCUGAGAAAUGGGAAGAGCGUGCCACUCGACUGAUAUCGCCUGAUAUGUCAUUAAAGUAGUAGUGUAUGCGUUACCUUCCUCAAUCUUAGGCCAUUUAAAAUGACUGAAGGCAUGCUGUCCGAGCACGACCGCAUGAGGUCUCUCUCAGCGAAGAGUGGGAAACACACGAGAGAAACUCAGCAGCGACCAAGCCGAAUUCAUUCCGCACGACAGCUCCUGUCAGCACCGCAAACGUUUUGGUGUCCUCUUUUGCCGUUAAUUUCACGGCUCAAAUAGUACCGACAACGCCAUCACGGCAUCUGAAAAUGUGCCAUCAAUCGGGACUUCUUGCCUGACGCGCUAUAUAUCGAGCGAGACCGUCGCGCGUGACAUCACAGAGCCGAAUCCCGACGGAAAAGCUCGCUGCUUAGUCCGAACGAACCGAGACAGAUGUUCAGCAUGGAUUCGGAGGAAAACGAGAACCGACGCUUACUUCGGGAGUUACUAAAAACACCGGGGAAUGCGUGCUGCGCCGACUGCAGUGCUCCAGGUCCAGAGUGGGCUUCGUUCACCCUUGGUGUCUUCAUAUGUCAGAGCUGCUCAGGAAUCCACCGUAACAUUCCUCAGAUCAGCAGAGUCAAAUCAGUCAUCCUUGACCCCUGGGAGAAAUCAGAGGUGGAGUUACAGAAAAGGAGGCUGUAUGGACAAACCCCCUGAACAUGCAAGACCUGUAAAAAGAAAAACUCAAGAAAGAAGAAACCAACAAUUUGUUAAUUACAUAUCUCUACUCAGCAUGAUGAAAGGUCCAGGAGGGAUCGCUUCAAUAUUGAACCUUUGGUGGGCAAAGGUCCACCAAAACUGGACAGUGGAAGAAUGACUAUCUAUUGUAGAUCAUGCGUCAUAUGUUACUCUAGUUUCCAGUGUGUAAUAACCAUUCAACCCUUUACUGAAGGGCAUCUUCAUUUGAUGGCCUCCAUUGGCAACAGCACUGCAAAAGUCAAAUAUCAACAGAUGGUGCCAGCCUUCUAUUACAUCCCAACACACACAGACUGCCAGCUGCUGCGGGAACAAUGGAUCCGAGCCAAGUAUGAGAGGAACGAGUUUAUUAAUGUGGAGAGACAAGAGCCAUACUCAGCAGGUUACCGAGAGGGGUUUCUGUGGAAAAGAGGCAGAGACAAUGGGCAGUUCAUGAGUCGAAAAUUUAUUCUCUCAGAAAGAGAGGGGGCAAUGAAGUAUUUCAACAAGCAUGAUGCUAGGGAGCCGAAGGCCUUGAUGAAGAUCCAAACCAUUAAUGCCACUUUUCAGCCGGCUAAGAUUGGCCACCCUUAUGGACUUCAGAUCACUUACCUGAAGGACAACAGCACCAGGAACAUUUUUGUGUACCAUGAGGAGGGGAAGGAAAUAAUCGACUGGUUCAAUGCGAUACGAGCUGCUAGGUUCCAUUACUUACAGGUUGCGUUUCCUGGAGCCUCUGAUACUGAACUGGUGCCCAAACUGACAAGGAACUACUUUAAGGAGGGUUACAUGGAGAAGACAGGUCCAAAGCAAACAGAGGGUUUUAAAAAACGUUGGUUCACCCUGGAUGACAGAAGACUUAUGUAUUUUAAAGACCCUUUGGAUGCCUAUGCACGAGGUGAAGUUUUCAUUGGCAGUAAGGAAAAUGGCUACACAGUAGUACCAUGCCUGCCUCAAUCUACACAGGGCUACCACUGGCAGUCUGGUAUCACAAUUGUGACCCCGGACAGGAAAUUCCUCUUUGCCUGUGAGACAGAGGAGGUACAGAAAGAAUGGAUUGCUGUAUUUCAGAGUGUCAUCAACAGACCAAUGCUUCCACAGGAGUAUGCAGUGGAGGCACACUUCAAGCAUAAGCCCUGAACAUCUCUGGGAAUCUACAGCUCAGCGAUGCCAUGAAAGCCUGUAGCAACGCACAGCAACAAAGUCUAUGAUAACAGGAUGUGGAGAGCAACAGCGACGAGGAAGCAGCUCAAAAAAACUCAGAGUGGGCUGACACAAUGACUGUGCAAACUCUGUUUUAAUGUACUGCACACUAGCACAUUCGUGUUUUGUCACAGUUGCUUUAAGUAAAUCAUUAUUCUUUAAAGUCUA